CAAGCAGGAAGUUAGAGGACACACAGGGAUAGAUAUUGAGAGCGGCAGAUAUACGUACGUUAGCAUGGUAACCCCUGGUGAAAUUUAAUCAUUCACGGCGACACGGAGACUGCGUUACUCGGACUGUUUGUGUAUUUAGAUUGGAGGUCGGACCCUCGCCAUCAUGUCCCUGGACUUUAAAGACAAGCAAGGAGGGAAGCGAUAUGGAGCACUACGGAAGAAGCAGGAAGAUGAGUUGGACGAAGUCAAUAGGGAUUUUCUGGAUGGAGAUACGUACAAAGAUGUGGAAGACUUGGAGGAGAAAUUGAACGAAUACAAAGAAAAAUUCAUGGAAUAUGACUUGGAUAAUUCGGGGGAUAUAGACAUAAUGGAAUUAAAACAAAUGAUGGAGAAACUAGGACAGGCAAAGACCCAUCUAGAGUUAAAGAAAAUGAUAGCUGAGAUUGAUACCACAAACUCUGGCACUAUCCAUUACCCAGAAUUCCUCAACAUGAUGCUUGGAAAGAAAAGUUCCAUCCUUAAAAUAAUCCUGAUGUUUGAGGAGAAGAACAAAGAGAAAGCUAAACCCACAGGUCUGCCUCCCAAGAAAUCCCUCUCCGAUCUGCCAUAGGAAGUGGAAAUACCAGCAUAUCGAGCCCGACGUGUGUAACGAUAUGAUUAUGUGAACAGAAGUGAAUGAAACCGUUAACUGAAGAAUGUAAUGAAAUGUGUGCUAAUUUUAUUUUGAAUACAUAUAUAAUGUCUUAAAUGUUAUAAAACUGAAUACAUUGUCAGAAGCUAAAUGGAUUUUUGAAUUGAGAGAAUGAAAGUACUAAAGAUA